CCUUUUGCAGCUACAGGAUGGCUCUGUAGAGGGCGCUGUUUAUAUACUCAACUUCCGAAGUGAGAGGAAGUUCUUCUGGUGUUCUAUGGUGUCUGUGCAUCCUUAGUGUCCAUCACGAUCAAAACACUGUACCAUCUGCGCUGAGUGCCUGCGCUCUUCAGCAUGAGCCGAAAAAGAAACCACUGCUAUAUGGAAACAGGACCGUCUUCCGAGUCCCAGGGCGCGUUUAUGGACAACACGGGCUCCUUCAGCCGAGACGAGGAGGAUUUCUCCGAGCUCGAGCCCGACGAGCAGCUGGUGUGCUCGGUGACCGAGAUCACGGAGCACCUGGGCAGAAACAUCACGGUGGUGCUGGAGUCCGCGCUGUCCGAGAUACGCAAGCUGGUCGGCGUCCGGAUCAGAGUCCUGAAGAUGGAGCUCCGCGAGAAAACCGACGAGAUCGAGCUGCUUAAGGCCAAGCUGGAGUCGACGGAGAAAGACGGGAGGGUUUCUAACUCCAGCACCAUGGACGUCAGGAAAUCAGAGCAUCAACCGGGCCAGAAGUACAGCGUCGACCCGAAGAAAACCAAACCCGGGACGCCCGUGGUGAAGAAGGAGAACAUCAACGCCAUCUGCGAUUAUCUGAUGAAGGAUAAGAACCAGCGGGGUGCUGCUGAAGUGGAGAGCGACCACAGCAGUCAGGCCUUUGGGUCCGAACGGGACAUGCGGACCGAACCGCAGCCGCACGCGUCUCUGAGCCUGUGGACGGACAGCGGUUCCGCGGACACUGAUGCGGACACGGACAUCUUCAACAUGCUGCCGUCCGCCAGCAAGCGCAUGUAUGACUAUGAGUGGAUGGCAGGGGUCGAACUGAACUCAGAGUUUAAAGGUGAUUCUGAAGCAAAAUGCGAAGAUGUUCCUCCUGUGGAUGAGGAUGAAGAAAAUGAAGACUCUGAAGGAGGAAGAGGAAGUCUGAGGUCAGUGUCUGACCAUUUCCCUCUGGACACUCAGGGCUCUCCUCGAGAAGACAGGAGCAGCCCAGCGGAGGACAGUAUGGACCGAAUCGAGCCAGGUCAGCAGUUCUCCUCUCAAACCUUCAUUUGCCCCUUCUGUGGAACUCUUUGCCCUGACUCAUCUUUCUUGGAGGAACACGUCAAGCUCAUGCAUCACGACGAGAGUGCUCUUCAGUCACCGCCGGGGAGUUCCUCCUCUCGCGGGGAGGGCGACUCGGGCGAAGCGGGGCGAGCUCUGGGAGGCCCAGAAGGACCUGUUGGCAGGGGUGCACGGGAGAGGAAAGUGGAGGGCGGCUAUGAGUGCGGCGACUGUGGCCGUCAUUUCAACUAUCUGGGCAACUUGCGGCAGCACCAGCGUAUCCACACUGGCGAGAAGCCCUUUGUUUGCCCUGAGUGCGGAGAGCGUUUCCGCCACGCCGCGCGUCUCAAGAGCCACCGCCUCAGCCACAGCGGAGCCCAGAGCCCCUUCCCCUGCCCGCAGUGUGGUAAGGGCUUCCCAGUGCUGUCCGGACUGAAGCGCCACCAGCGUGUGCACACGGGAGAGAGCCCGUACGCCUGUCCCCAGUGCGGUCGCAGAUUCAAAGAGCUGGGCAAUUUAUACACACACAUGCGCAUUCACAGCGGCGCAACGCCCUACUCUUGCUACCAGUGUGGGCGGAGCUUCAGGCAUCUGGGCACAUACAAGAGUCAUCGCUGUAUGCCCGCUACCCAGUUACCCAGCGGACACAGUCCAGCAUGGGCGCAGGAAGACAAGGUGCAAACUGGGUGAUAGCCAGGUGACGGAUAUGUUCAAAAAGUGGUUCAUUACUUCCUCGACUGCUGGUUCAGGAUCAAUUUUAAAGUCAGAUUGGUCAAAGAAAGAUUGUGAGAAAGGUCACUAUGACAACAACAAAAAAAAAGAUCAGGUUUCAUCACGAACAAGAAGCUGACUGAAUUAGCGUAUCUUUCUCAUUUAAGUAUAACGUCAUAUUUAACAGUAAAUUGCUGCUCAUUAAAUGUUCAUUUUUGAAACAUUUUGCAAUAGUAUCUUCCAACUUCCAUACAUGAUAUUUCAAGACUUAAUCUUUUUAUUCAGACUUUUUGUAAAAAGUGUUUCAGAAUUUCUUACUGUUUAGAACUAGAUAGCCGGUCCACAAGGUCAGAUUAACUGCCUUUCAAAAACUAAUUUAACAAUAUUUUAAGUUAAUUUAAAUAAUGAUACAUUUAUAAUGAUUCAGCAUGACAUGACCUCCUCCGCCCUUUACAAAAAGUACCAUGGUAUGAGAUUGUAAUACAAUGUUACUACCUAUAUAUACACAUUGUAUUGAAUAAUUGUCAUAUUCAUGUAAUAUGUACACUGUUGUUCAAAAGUUUGGGGUCGUUAAGACUUUUAAUUUUUUUUUAAAAACUUGUGCUCACCAAGGCUACAUUGAUUUGAUAAUAAAUACAGUAACGAAAUGGUAAUGUUGUGAAAUAUUAUUACACGGUUUUAUUAUAUUUGAAUGUAAUUUAGUCCUGUGGUGAUACGUUUAUCAGUAUUCUUUGAUGAAUAGAAAACUUUAUCAGAAUUUAUUUGAAAUAGAAGUAACAAUACUGUCACUUUUGGUCAACCUAAAGGUACACUAUGUCAUUUGUUUUGGUUCAUAAUUUAUAUAAUGAGCAAGUACAUCAAGAAUCCAUCAUCCAAAACGUGUUUUGGUCUUAUCCUGAAUCACUACGGUACGCUUUUAAUAAGCGUUUAUAUUCGGACUAUUUUAGACUGCGGAGGAGUAGCCCAGUACCAGCGGGACUCGUCAUAUACGUAAACAAGAGAGAAGUAUACAAUGUUCUUCCGCAAGAGUCAUGAAGUUUUGUUUAUUAACUGCUAGAAAAGUUACAUAGUGAACCUUUUAAUACACAUUUGCUGAAUAAAUGCAUUAAUUCCUUUUUAAAAACAACUUUUGAACACUAGUGUACAAAGAAUACCAUGGUAUUUGUCCAAAAUUAAUGCAAAUCCAGUCAUUAGUAUCCAAUAGUCAAGUUAUCAUAAAUGUAUAAGAUAAUCUGCAACGUACUAAUUGCUAUUAGGGUUGACCAGCAUACAACUGACGUGACAUAAUUUUUUAAUACAAUUGAAAACUGUUUCAUUAACUCAAAAUCAUGUUAUUGACAAAUCAGGUAGUUAACAGUGUCAUUUUGAAAAGAUACAGUAUUAUAGUCUCGAGCACUUUUAAAGAGGUGCCGUUUUGAGUGCUGCCAUCGUGUGGAUGGCUUAUGGUACUGCACCGGUAUCACCUGGGCAGUCAGUGUACCUGCAUCGAAUUUCAAUUAUGUGAUCUCACUAUUAACGCGUUUUUAUUUAUAUUAGUGAAUUUGUUUAUAUAUGUCUACCUGUAUUUUAACAACUUAUACGUCUGGGAAAAUAUACUACCUGAUUGGAAAAAUAUGGCUUUAGAAAAAUUCUAAAGCAUGUUAUUCUGAAAUUAAUUUGGACACACAUAAUGAUGGAAAUGACUGAAUGAAGUACACCAAGUGUUGGAAAUGCUAGCAAUGCAUCAGAUUUUUUUCCAUAUUAGUGCUGAUCUCAAGAUAAUCCUGAAUGUUACACAUUAAAUAGCACAAAACGGUACAAUUUGUCAUUUCUCAGUUGAAUGAUCUGUACAAGGCAACCUGAACUUUAACUAAUAAAUACUCUUAAACUAUGAUUCUAGUUGUUUAUGUAUUUAUAAGCGGUUGUUGAUAUCAUGAAGUUAUCAAAGCACAUUAAAAAAACACUUGUGUAUGA